GACAUUUUCUGGCAGCUACACGUGCUUAAAUGGCACGCUGAACUCGUAUGAUUUUCCGCUUAUUAAUUUCGUAUACGUCCGAUCACCGGCGGCGUUUUGUGAGUUUGUGACAUUUUAAAUGCUUCGCACCAGGUGAAUGCUAGUGCGUGUCUACGCUACUGUGCGCCUUAUUCGUGUUAUGGGAUUACUCUGAUUUUCUUGUCUGAGUGAAACAUGGAGAGAGAAUUGGAGCAUAGAGAUCGAGUGGGGGUUCAAGAUUCUGUAUUGUUAGAAAAUUAUACAGAUGAAAAGGUUUUCAUCAACAAUUUGAAAAAACGUUUCAAGGAAAAUUUAAUUUAUACUUAUAUUGGGCAUGUCCUCAUUUCGGUUAACCCUUACAAAGAACUCAACAUAUAUGAUACAGCCAAUAUCAGAGCAUAUAAUGGAAAACAUUUCUUCGAAGUUCCACCUCACAUAUUCGCUAUAGCAGAUACAGCCUACAGAUCAUUGAAGGAGGAAUACAUAGAUCAGUGCGUCCUAAUUUCGGGUGAAUCUGGUGCCGGAAAAACUGAAGCUUCCAAGAAGAUACUUCAGUACAUUGCAGAAGUAGAGAAUACAGAUGAUGUGAAAAUAGUGAAGAACAAAUUGAUGGAGUCUACUUUACUCCUUGAAGCUUUUGGAAAUGCCAAAACAAACAGGAAUGAUAAUUCUAGUCGGUUCGGGAAGUACAUGGAUAUUAUUUUCGACUUCGAGGGUAAACCAGUUGGUGGAAAUGUAUUGAGUUAUUUGUUGGAGAAAUCCAGAAUAAUAAGUCAAAGUUCUGGCGAACGAAAUUUCCAUAUUUUUUAUCAACUGUUAGCCUCAGCAACAGAAGAAGAUUUGGAAGAGUACCACUUAUCACGAAAUUUCGAUUCCUAUUAUUAUUUAACAGAUGGGAAGCAGGGAAAUUUGAAGGGAAUUGAUGAUAUAAAUGAUUUUACCCAUGUGAAGGAAUCUUUGAAAACUCUAGAGUUCCCAAAAGAUAAGCAGAAUGAGAUUUUCUCAAUAUUGGCCGCAGUGUUAAAUCUUGGCAAUAUCACAUUUCAUACAGUGGAUAGCAAAAAUUCAAUUGGCAAGCCAGAUUUACUGAACACUGUGAGCAAGCUUUUGAAUUGCGAAACAGAAGAAUUGGAAAAAGCUCUUUUAUUUAGAACAGUUGAAACGGCGAAAGAUGUAGUGAAAACACCUCUGGACAGAGACCAAGCAAAUUAUGCUCGAGAUGCCUUGGCGAAAGCAAUAUACGAUAGACUUUUCAGUUGGUUGGUGCAGUUCAUCAAUUCGUCACUGAAACCUAAACAAAACAGAAGAUUAUUAUCAAUGGGUAUUCUUGAUAUUUAUGGGUUUGAAAUAUUUCAGAAGAAUAGUUUUGAGCAAUUAUGUAUAAAUUUCUGCAACGAGAAAUUACAACAACUCUUCAUCGAACUCACACUGAAAUCUGAGCAACAAGAAUACGAAAAUGAAGGCAUUGAUUGGAAUAAAAUAGAGUACUUUGACAAUAAGAUGAUAUGUGACCUUAUAGAGGGAAAACACAAAGGAGUGAUUUCCUUUAUGGAUGAAGAAUGUUUGAGACCAGGAGACCCAAGUGAUAUUUCCUUAUUAGCUAAAUUGGACAGAGAACUCGGGAAUCAUGAGCGCUACAUAAGCCACGAAAAAGCGGAUUUGAAGACGCAGAAGACGAUGGGAAGAGAUGAAUUCUGCCUCAUACAUUACGCCGGUACAGUCACCUACAAUAUUCGGGGAUUCCUAGAGAAAAACAACGACCUGCUCUACAGGGAUUUAAGAGAAGCUAUGUCAAGAUCCAGAAAUAGCAUUCUCCAAGAAGUGUUCCCAUCAAGCGAACAGAACAGCAAAAAAAUGCCAGACACUUCAAUAACGAAAUUCAAGAAUUCUCUAAAUGCGCUACUACAGUCUCUGGUGAAGAAACAACCUUCGUAUAUUCGAUGUAUAAAACCAAACGAUGAAAAACGACCAGCAAUUUUCGAUGAUGAACUCGUGCAACACCAAGUACAAUAUUUAGGACUGAUGGAGAAUUUGAGAGUUCGAAGGGCUGGUUUUGCGUAUAGAAGACUCUAUGAAAAAUUCCUUCAUAGAUAUAAAUGUCUUUGUAAGCGCACAUGGCCGAAUUAUCCUGGACCAGCGAAGGAAGGAGUUCAAGAGCUGGUUUGUUCAUUAGGAUAUAGUGCAGAUGAUUACAAGAUGGGCAAAACCAAGAUUUUUAUUCGCUACCCACAAACACUUUUCCAAACAGAGGACAGUUUCCAAGCUAAGAAACAUGACAUAGCUGCAAUUAUACAAUCCCAAUGGAAGGGAAUUUUACAGAGGAGAAAAUAUUUGCGAAUGAGAGAAGCGGCAAUUGUCAUCCAGAAAAAUAUAAGGAGGUAUCUCGCGAAAUUAGAAGCUGAGAAACGUAGAAGAGCAGUCCUGGUUAUAAGGAGAUUCAUUUACGGAUUCAUAACAAGGAACGGCCCCACUAACGAAUACAAUCACAAGUUCCAACAAAUUACCCGAAAAAUGUGGUUGAUAAGGUUAUCAAAAAUCCUUCCCAAAACUGUCCUCAACAAAUACUGGCCACCUUGUCCAGAGAUUUGCAACGAAGCUUCCUCCAUAUUACAUCACUUACAUCAACUAUAUCUUUCGAGGAUGUAUAGAUUGAACUUAUCUACUGAGAGGAAAGAACAGUUCGAAUUGAAGGUGUUGGCUGAGAAGUUAUUCAAAGGUAAGAAGAAAAGCUACAAGGCUUCGAUAUCGAACUGGUUUGUCACAGACAGAACUUCUGAGAUGCAUUUUGGACUGAAACAAAGUUAUGUUGCAGGAUUGAGCGGUGAGAAAGAAAGGUAUUCGUCAUCUGUAUCUAAAUACGACAGACAUGGCUAUAAACCUAGAGAAAGAGUUAUUGUAGUCACCAAUGAAAAUCUACAUGUCAUAGAAGUGAAGGGUAGUGCUAAAAUGAAGCAUCGUUUGCCAUUGAAGAGAUUGACUCUAGCUGUAACAUCAGAGAAUGAUAAAAUACUGCUUGUGAAAAUACCGGAAGAUCUUCUUAAGAAAGAUAAAGGCGAUCUUAUUCUGGAAGCACCGCAUUUGAUAGAGACGGUCACUAGAAUCAUAUCAAUCACAAAAGACGAGAGGAUGUUGAUGAUUGCAGAUAAGAACUCUAUUGAGCAUACGAUGCAACAAGGAAAACAGGGGGUGAUUGAUAUAACUGUAGGAAAUCCCGAGAGGAUCCAUAAAGACAAAAGUGGACAUUUAUUGAUUGUGGCGUCCCCAUGAUGGAAAUAUAUUUGUACACUUAUUUUAUACAUAUAUGUAACAUAUUUAUAUUUAUAACUAUCGAUUGUAUAAUGCGGUGCCAUUCUAUAAUAUAUAGUAUUUAUGGUGAUGAUUUUAUCAAGUAGAUUGUUACACAAUUAUUUAUAUUCUUUUUAAUUUUAUGUUUCAUUAUUUGAUAUGUAAUUCAAAUAAUUAUAGCGGAAUUGUAUUGAAAUAAUACUACAACAUGGAAAUGUAGCUUGUGCUUCCUGAAACUCUUAUACUGGAAAUAAAUCAUUGCCUAGAAAA